UCCACUUUAUAUUGAAGACAUUGACACGCUUAGCACUGGGGUUGGUCCGGCUAAGAUCUGUGACAACUAGUGGCAUCGCAAUCAGAGGCAUUAUCAGUGCUAUAAAGAGUAUCAUCGUCUAUCAUACAGGUUGUAGAAUAGUACAGUUCCAUCGAUUGCGUUGAAAAAAAUGAAGUUCAGUGGAAAUUCGGCUCCGAUUCUCGUGGCGUGUUGGUUACACUUCGUCACCUGCUUUGUUUUGGACGGUCAGGGCCAUGCCCCAUUAGUGAAUACCACAUGCGGACCAAUGGAGGGUAUUUCGCAGCACGGGGCGUAUAGUUUCCGGGGGAUUCCCUAUGCAUUGCCCCCGGUUGGUAAACUGCGUUGGCAGCCUCCACAGAAAUUAUCGCACGCACGGGGCACGUGCUGGAACGGAACGUUGUCUGCAAAGAAGAUCGGCGACUUUUGCUUUCAGUACGAGUCGGAUACCACAUUCUACGGUAGCGAAGACUGUCUGUAUAUGAAUAUAUUCACUCCGUCAUUGAACCCCACUUCUCGACUACCGGUUAUGGUCUGGGUUCACGGCGGUUCAUAUUCCUCGGGAUCCGGAAAUGACGAUAACUAUUACGCCGACGAAACCAUGGCUGCUACAACAAACGUUGUUUAUGUAAAUCAUAACUAUAGGCUGCACACGUUUGGCUUCAUGGCCCUGCAAAUGCUCGCCGACGUCUCACCGACUAACACUUCCGGCAACUACGCGUUCAUGGACACUCUUUUGGUCCUUGAAUGGGUCAGAGACAACAUCCGGAACUUUGGCGGAGAUCCGUCAAAGGUGACUCUGUACGGCCAGAGUGCCGGCGCAACGCACGUGCUAGGGCUGAUGGCGUCGCCUCUUUCCAAGGGCCUGUUCCAUCGGGCAUGAAUGGUAAGCGGCUCCCCGCGCUACGACAAGCUCGCCAAGGACGCCUACAACGACAACCUGGUGUAUCUUAACAAAACCGGAUGUAGUAACGUGGACUGUCUUCUGGCACUGACUGCACAGCAAGCGACGGAGGCAGUCCCCUGGGAUGAAUUCCCUAACUGGAACAUGUACGACCAGUACGACAUCCCGACCAACCUGGACCGCUUCGACGGCAGUAUGGCGAUUGUGGAUGGUUACGUUGUUCCUGAGCCGCCAUUUGAGGCUUUUGCAAGCGGAUUCAAAAUGGACGUGCCGUUUCUAGUCGGCAGUGCGGGACAGGAAAUGGACGGUUCCAAACCACCAGACGAUAUGGGCACGUGGAACAAGCCCGAUUACGAGCGCUUCGUACACCAGCGUCUGCUAACAUUCAGCCCCCACGUUGCGGACAUGGCCCUGAAAUUGUACCCCGUCACCGCCAACACCUCCGCGCGCUACCAGUGGGCCAGCAUGGUGAGCGACAUCCGGGUUAACUGCGGCAACAAUUACUUGGCAUUGGUUGCAGCACGUACGCUCUCGUCGCCCGUUUACCGAUACGUCAACACAAACCGGCCGUCAAAACCGUUCGGGGACGGUGGCGGCUCCAUCUAUCCGUUUCACACGCACGACGUCUACGCAUUUUUCGGUUCUCUUAACCAGUACCUGUCCCCACUAAGCGCAUCAGAUACGGCCUUCGAGCAGAACAUGAGGAACGAGGUGCUGUCUUUUGUACGGACAGGGCACCCCAAAACAGCGGCCUGGUCGUCGUUUCCGGGCUCCACGGGUCUCAUAUCAGAAGUUGUGAGGACCGUCCCUGAAUACCACCAACCAGAAUGCGAAUUUUUCUUCGCUAACGGUUUGUGGCCCUACUCUUGGCGACAAUGAAUUAUGCGAUUGAUUCUGUACAAUAUACAGUUUAAAUAACUAAAUUA